AUGGAUGAUGCAAAAUUUACUUGCUUAAUAAACAAGACUGGUAAACUAUUUAAUAGAUUCUUACGUUCAAUUCUUGCAUUAUUCAGCGUGAUGGACUUUAAAAAGUUUUUACAAAAAAAUCUGCCAUCAAGCACUCCGAAUAUUUUGGACAAAUAUGCGACAAAGACAUCAAAUUCAUCAAUAAACGAGUCGAAUAGCAGUGAAAAAGAAAAUUCUUUAUACUUGUCCUUUGCAAACGACUCUUUCGACUCGGAAAAUUUCGUUUGGGCAAAACCUAACCAAAUUGAAUCAAAUAAGAGUUCUUUAACUAAAACAGCAAUAAAAGAGACAUAUAAAGAGAAAAUUUUUAUUCGAAGGGAAUCAAUUUUAAAAAUAAAUGAAGAGGUUUCAAAUGCAAUUCCCAAAUCCAUCGAAACAAACAUGGUUAGCAAUAACGUAAAUGCGAAUGUUUUGAAGAUGAAAACAACCCCAGAUUUUAAUAAUAAUUGCACUCCAAGUUUUAAUAUAACAGUCCGAAGCAGGGAUUUAACCAGAAAAACUCUUUGGGAGAAAGAAAAUUCACCACAAGGAGUUAAAAUAAACAUUGAAAAUGAAGGAAUUGAAUUCUUUUCACCUGCAAAUAAUGAAGCUCGUAGUCCUUUUAAAGGACAAGCGUGUAUUAACAUCAUCGUGAAAGAUCCAAAUGCUUCACCAAAUGAAGGAAUUGAAUUCUUUUCACCUGCAAAUAAUGAAGCUCGUAGUAUUUUUAAUGGACAAGCGUGUAUUAAUAUCACCAAAGAAAACAUUCAACCAAAAAGAGUCAUGAAAAAUAUGAAAUCAAGAAGAUCGUCAAUACUUAAAACCAGAACACAUUUAUAUUCUCCAAUCAUUCGCAACUCUUUGGAGUGUGGUUAUCUCCUUAAAAAGAAAUUGAAGAAAUCACCAGCACAAUUUCGAAAUUUAGGAGAAUCAAGCAAGUUGAAAAGUCAAAUUCCGAGACCAAUUAUCAAAAGUAACCAUUUGAAUGUCAUUUCCUCAUCUGGUAAUUAUGAGUCUUCAGCAUCCAACUUUCCAAUGACUUCCCAAUUAAAAACAGAUUUCAAAUGUAAAUGGUGUUUAAAAACUUUUAAAGUUUCUCCUGCUCUACUGAAACACGAAGUUGAAAAAUGUGAAAAAAUUCCAUUUAAUGAGAAACGAAAGAAAUUGGCGGAAGUUGAAAGGAAAGAAAUAAGACGACGUCGUGCAAUAUUUUUCUCAACUACAUUACCUAGAAACAGAAAUCGUCGAAAGGAAGUCACUUUUGAGGAUAAUUAAUAUUUUCUAUCACAAUUUAUCUUAAACAUUUUAAAAUUCUAAACAUAUUUUUUAAAACUUUAUUUUUCAUUCAAGUCGAAACUUUUUAAAUAAAACAUAAUUUAACAUUCAAAGAGAGAUUAUGUAUCAAAUUA